AAACGCGUGUGGUUUGCGGUUGGCAAAAGUUCGACGGAGAUUGUGUAGACGAACGAAAUGGCAUCAACAUCGUGCCUCAAGGUGUUUGUUUAUGCAUUGGAUAUAAUCUGCACGUUACUUGCCUUGGUGCUCAUAUCCUUUGGAAUCUAUGUGGUUGUGUCCUAUGAUGUGAACGAUGUGGGCUCCAUUGGAGCUUAUGGCUAUAUAGGCCUGGGUGUUUCAGCACUAGUCGUCAUCCUUUGGGGAUAUUUGUCCGCGUGGCGGGAAAAUGUGUGCUGUACAGUGACGUUCAUCGUAAUUAUAUUCAUAAUCAUCAUUGCACAAAUUUUGGUUUUGGUCACGUUCACCAAAGGCCAUGGACCAAUAUCCUCGAAUCUGGCCAAUGCAGUGGACUUGGCCUGGGAGGAAGAGCUGAACAGCCCCGGCGCCAUGUCCCUCUAUGAGAACUGGUUCUCGUGUUGUGGACGUGCUAGUCCACAGGAUUACAUUGUUAAUGAGCGCUUGCCACCGGACACCUGCUUCCGAGAUCAUGAUACUAGCAAAGCAGACAACCUCAUACACGCAGGAUGUCGUGUGAUGUUUGAGGAUUAUUGGUUCCAUUUGCUUGGCAUUUUCAAUAUUGUAGGCUGGGUGCUAGUUGGACUGGAGAUAAUACUCAGCGUCAUAUCCUGCCUUCUGUGCAACAGCAUGCGGAACGAUCAUCGUCGAUCAUAUUUUUAAUAAAGCUCAGAAUACAAAAUAGAAUUUUAGAUGGAAUAACCAAAAUGCAUUUGCGUUCUGCUCCUACCGUAUGGCAGCUGGCUGUGCUUUAUUGAUUGGCAACAAAAAAUAAAUCAAAUUCAUUAUUUUAUCGUUGAAAUCUGUGACCUUAACCAUGUUAUAUACGUUUUAAUUGAAAAUCGUAAAUUUCUUAAAUUGUUCAGAUAACUCAUAUACCUACUAUGCCUUACAGUUAAAACCCAGCACUCGGGAAGGUUCUGAAUUCCGUUUAAUAAUACUGAUAAAGUCCUGGUCUUUUAACGAAAUAAAAACGUUCCCGCUGGCUUAUUAUUUUAAGAGUUGAAA